GAAAAAGAAAAUCAAAACCACAAACGCAAAUGAUUAAACAGAGAUAAAAGCAAAACCAAUAGAAAAGGGGGAAACCCAAAAUCCCACUAAUCCAGGAAACCCAAAACCAAUGGGAAAAACAAAACGAUUUUUCAUACACAAUGCCUCGAAAACGCCACCCUGGUAAAAAAAUCUCAUCUCCUCCGCUCCGCCAAUGGGUGUUCCGCUGCGUGUCUCAGCCGCUCGCUCUCCCUCUUACUUCCUCCCUUUUCUCCUUGGCUUACUCUCUCUCACUGCCUUUUUCCUCUACCAGCUGGAUAGUUUGGUGUCGCGCACUAAAACAGUGGCAGGUCACAAUUUAGACCCAACACCUUGGCAUAUUUUCCCCACCAGAAAUUUCGAUGAAGAAACUCGUCAAGCUCGAGCUUACAAAAUCAUCCAAUGUUCAUAUUUUUCUUGCCGAUAUACCAAUACCACCGCUGCCGCUGCCGCUGCCGCUGCCUCCGCCACUCCCACUGGGCCCCGUCAUUCCAAGUCAUCCGCUCAAGAAUGCCCGGAAUUCUUCAGCUUUAUCCAUCGCGAUCUGGAGCCCUGGUCCCGUACGGGGAUAACGAAGAAGCAUAUAAUGGAGAGUCAGAAUUUUGCAGCUUUUAGGGUUGUGAUUUUUGGAGGAAGAUUGCAUUUGGAUAUUUAUUAUGCCUGUGUGCAAAGCCGGAUGAUGUUUACUAUAUGGGGAUUGUUGCAGCUCCUAGAAAGGUAUCCUGGGAUGGUUCCUGAUGUUGAUCUGAUGUUCGACUGUAUGGACAAGCCUAACAUUAACAAGACCGAACACAGCUCCAUGCCUCUGCCUCUAUUUCGAUAUUGCACGACUCAAAAUCACUUUGAUAUUCCUUUUCCUGAUUGGUCCUUCUGGGGCUGGCCAGAGAUAAAUAUAAGACCCUGGAAUGUGGAGUUCCCAGAUAUUAAACAAGUUUCUCAAUCUCAAAGAUGGUCCAGGAAAUGGCCACGUGCUUAUUGGAAAGGAAACCCAGAUGUCUUUUCUCCUGUUCGUACAGGGUUACUGCAAUGCAACCACUCUAGAAAGUGGGGGGCACAAAUUAUGCGACAGGAUUGGGAUGAAGCAGCAAGAGGUGGUUUUGAGACCUCCAAGCUAUCAAAUCAGUGCAAAUACAGGUACAAAAUCUAUGCUGAAGGAUUUGCAUGGUCUGUGAGCUUGAAAUAUAUUGUAUCUUGCGGUUCUCUUGCACUUAUAAUCUCCCCAGAAUAUGAAGAUUUCUUUAGUCGAGGACUUUUCCCUAAAAAGAACUAUUGGCCUAUCUCGUCUGUUAAGUUAUGCCAGUCUAUAAAGUUUGCUGUCGACUGGGGCAAUGCAAACCCAUCUGAGGCUCAAGCAAUCGGUAAAAAUGGGCAAGAUUUUAUGGAAAUCUUAAGUAUGGAUGGAGUGUACGAGUACAUGUUCCACCUCAUAACAGAGUACUCGAAGCUACAGGAUUUCAAACCUGUCCCACCAUCUUCUGCUCUUAAAGUAUGUAGGGAUUCUGUUCUUUGCUUUGCUGACGAGAAACAGAAGCAGUACCUUGAAAUGUCAACUGCCUUUCCUUCGCCAAGGCCACCAUGCACCCUCCAACCUGCCAAUAGAAAUCUCAUUAAAAGCUGGUUAGAACAGAAGCAAAGAGUAAUUGAGGAUGUGAGAGAAAUGGAGAAACAGAAGGUGUUGAACAGAUGAUGCAGAUGGCCAAGGUUAUAAGUUUUGUAUUUAUAUAAACGUUGCAACUUGCAGGUAUGGAGUUGCUUGUAAUUUAUGCAUUGGAAAUUAACUUUUGCAAAGGAAAAGCUUAAGCUGAGGAGCAAAAGUGGUUGCUUUUGCAUGCUCAAUGGUGAAUUUGUCAUCUCAAGGUUAUCAACUUGUAAACUUUGGUGCAGGGAAAGGCUCCUAUGUCAUUAAAAUAUUUGGGGAACUUAAAUGUCUUUUUAUUUAUUUAGGAAAAAUAUUGGAUGAUGAAUGGGAUUAUAGAAAUUUAAUGAUGAAAUAGGGUCAUCCGUGUUUGGCUUCCUAUAUCACUUGUAAAAUGUCAUUGUUCUGAAUUAAACGUAUGAUUGAAGGAGGAAAUAUCAGACAAGCACCCAUGAUUGUUGAAUCCGGUUGGCGUUGAA